GGAGUUACGUUCAGGUAACGUUAGUUGCGUAACGUUACGUAUAAAAACGUAACCCCCCCCCCCCCCACAGUUUUAAUGGUAUAAGCGACAGAAACAGGUUGGCGUACCAGACUUUUUUUUUUUAUGAGGCUCCUGUCACUUUAACGUCACUUUACCGUCAAACUGUCCAACAUGGAGCCGGCUGUGAACGCGUUAGCCUGCAAUGGGAAAGCUGCUAUUCUAACCGUCGGCGUUGUUGCAGUUCUGGGAUUUGUUGGUCUCGGAUAUAAAUACCUGCGAAAGCCAGAAAAAGUUGUUCGCGUGGGAGUGGUGUCGAAGCUCCUCAUUCACCCACUGAAAUCUGGCAAAGCGGUGUCUGUGACUCUGGCAGAAUGCCAACGGAGGGGUUUGAAGUUGGGCGACAUGCAGGACCGGCACUGGAUGGUGGUCACGGAGGACGGCCACAUGGUGACGGGCCGACAGCAGCCCAGUAUGGUGCUGGUGUCCCUGACCAGCCAGCGAGGUCAGGUCUGUCUGAACGGCCCAAACAUGGAGGAGCUGAGAUUCCCCAUCAAACAGUCCGACAACGCCAUCAUCGACUGCAGAGUGUUUGGAGUCGACAUUCAGGGAAGGGAUUGUGGCGACGAACCGUCUCGCUGGCUCACUCGUUAUCUGGGGGAGGAGAAAACCUUUCGCCUAGUGCACUAUGAACCAGAGAUGACGGCCAGGAGGUCGGAGGAGAGCAAGCCUCUUCCCUCACCAAUCGAGGAGGUGGUCUAUGCAGAUAUGGGACCUGUGAUGCUGCUGUCCGAGGCCUCUGUCAAGGAUCUCAACAAAAAAUUAGAAGAGGACGUCACGAUAGAGCGUUUCCGCCCAAACAUUGUCAUCAGUGACUGUGGAGCGUUCGACGAGGAUUCGUGGGACAAGAUCCAGAUUGGCAACGUGCGGCUACAGCGUGCGAUGUCAUGUGGACGAUGCAUUUUCACCACCGUUGACCCUGAAACAGGUGUAAUCACCAGAAAGGAGCCUCUGGAAACACUGAAAAGCUAUCGUCAGUGUGAACCAGCCGAGAAGCACAUCUACAAAACGUCUCCGUUGUUUGGACAGCUGCACAACGUGAUGAAGACGGGGAUCCUGCAGGUCGGCGACGUGGUGUACAAGAUCAGCCGUUGAUGGAGGGAGUCGGGGAGUUAAAAACAUGCCAACAUUAUCAUGGUGUGAUCAAAGAAACCACUUGCAUAGAUGAAGUCAGAAGAGGUCUAACAACAUUCCCACUGCUCAUUAAAUCCUGAAAGUGCAAUUAAACUUUGUAACAC